AUGGUGCUUUCAACGGCAAAUUUCACGAAAUCCCUUCGCGACAAGUCAAAACCGUUAUUGGGGUUAUUACCUACUGCGCAAUCGGUUUGUAGGGGCGAGGUUGCUUUAUUUUUUCCUGGGAAGGAAGAAUGGCUGGUGGAAUGGCUGGUUGAGCGGUUGGAGGAUGGGACAUCGUCGGAUGGUCGAUUAUCCCCAGAUGCCUGGAAUACCCUCUACGACCUAUUGAACACCCCAGACCUAAGCCUGACUGCUGCUUCCACGACACUGCGAAAGCACAAGUUCGCCGGAAUAAUAGCGAAAACUUUGUUAGAUGCUGUCGCGACAUACUCAAGUGAAGAAGAAGAACCGAUAUCAAGCAACAAUGACGCUGAAGACAUCGAAAUGCGAGAUUCUGCGUCUUCGACAAGCUCGUCAGCUACCGAACCUGGAAGUCCCCUCCUUCGCACGACAUAUGCCCGCGCCAAUCGUCAUAGGAUAAAACGAGAAUGGACAAGGCGAGGUCAGCAAGUUGAGGUCUUACUUUCUGCUAUGUUUAGAGUUGUGGAAUACCUGAAAGUACGGUUCGAAGGAGGGUCGGGUCGAGAUCAGACGAAUCCGAAAAGAAGAAGACUGGAUUUGACGACACCGAUUUUCAAGUUUUCGCCAGAGACAGCCGCUGAGCUCUGUGAAUCGUACUUCAAGCUACUAUUUAUCGUGGUCCAAGGCCUUGGUUGGGUCGAUGGUGUGGUCAACUGGACGGUUUUGUGUCAAAUGAUCUGGAAGUCGUGCUCCUAUGGGGUGUCUGAUACCUCUAAGCUCGCGUCUCUCGUAUCAGGAAAACUACUACAGCCUAUGUCCAUGAUCCUCAGUGUACCCUCCUUGCCUCACGAUAUCAGAGAAAUAAUCGCCGGGUUUCUAAGCAACUACAUCUUCCAACCUAUCUCAGCACCGAAAGAGAAACGAUCUGAAUUUCUUAAUACUUUUAAACCUCUUGCAGAUGCAUUUGCAGACCAAAAAUCUGCGUCAAUCCCGGAAUCUAUCGCUUUGUCGCUGCCUGUCAUUUUGGAAUUGGCAAUUGAGAAGGCAGAUAGGGACUAUUCGGUUAAGCAACGGCGGCAUGCUGAUGGAUUCGUCAGUAUCUUGUUGUCCUGGAUGCUAUCCACCACGAAAAACCAUCUGACGGUUCAUACCGAAAUUUUGGAUAUCGCCAUCAGAAAUAAGGUCACCGUGGAGGAAGCAGCAUUGAAGAAUUCAAUCAAGUUGGCAUUACGACAACCCUCUAAUGUGGAUUGGGCGGUUCUACAAGCAGUUGCUAAGAUCGAUUUAGACGUCCUACUGUCUACGGAAGGGGAUACGGUAUUUGAUAUGAUCUCAGGGAUAGAUACGAAAGUCUAUGGAGAGGGUGUUUGGCGAUUUAUCCAACAAAUCGUCACUGUUUCGGUGGAAGCCCGAGACCUAGAGAGCCUUUUCGAGAGAUGGUUCACAUUACUUGGCCGGGAUGCAGAAAAUCAAACGACAGUCUGGCGGUAUGAUCGGUUUCAAUUGCUUAUGGCAUCUAAUGUAGAAAUCGGUUUGACACAGAGCCAGAUCCAGAACGUCUUCAAGAAGUACUCGUCGUCUGAAACUAUCAAGAUUUCUUUGCCGAUAGUUGAUAGUAUUCUACGGGGGGUCACUCGGAUAGAGACGAUUGAUAAACUCGGGUCCGAAGGGUUGGUUAUAUCAUUAUUCAACGAUCUCAGCAUUAUUCCACCGAAAAUUGAUGAGAGUAAAAGUCAAUGGCAAUAUUGGAGGGUGCUACUAAGAGUAUUAGAUAUGUGGCCAGGGCUAGAGUUCUCCAGCAAGAUUGGAGAAAUCAAAGAUAUAUUGAUUAAACGUACAACGACACUCUUAUCUGGACCCAAGCUUAAAACAGACAUGGCUAAAGAACUAUCAAUUCUCCUUACGCUUGUCUUGGUAUUCCGAGAGCACGAGUAUAUAGACGUUGAGGAGCUCGAAGGGGUCCUAAAAGGAAUCACACCCCGAAUCAAAUCAACCAAAAAGGUUUCGUGGGAUGGCAACUUUGACAAAAUAUCUAGCUUCCCUGAUGUUGCUGUGUCUUUUGUCCAUACAAUAACGUCUCGCAGCAGACAGUUAGAUGAUAAUCUCUUGCGGGAAUUCUUCUUGUCUUUCUUAAGGAAAUCUUCCGAGGCAACCGUCGAAAGCAAUGUCGUGAGCCUAAAAUCGGCUUGGAGUUCUUUUGUUAGAGGAGACUCGAAAGUCUAUGAGGACGUAAAGGUCAAAGAUGUAUUCUUCACAGCGAUACUAGAAGUUCUACGGGUGGAAAAGCCUUCGGGCCGCCAGCUUUCCGCUAUCCUCGAUGUUUUCACUGAAUGCCCCCUAGCUACACUCAGGAAAUCGCAACGAGAAGGUAUUAUUGACGAAUUAUUCUUGGUCAUAAAGCAAACGAUAGACCCUGAGGAGCGGCGAAAGGUUCUGGAGGUUAUGGUUCGGCUAGCUCGGUUAUCGACCAACUCUUCAGCUCUAGCAACAUCAAUAGGUAGUCCAGACGGACUCUAUGGGCUAUUUAUAGCUAGUGAUACAAACCUCAAUGCUAUUACUGACCUUGCUAAGACGGUGAUAAGACAUCUUGCAGAAUCUCGACAUCAUGAGAAGGCAGAGACGCAGCUGUUAGAAGCGAUCGUUCUUGCCGAUACCAUGCUAGAUAAAACUGGGGCAGCUGAUAUUAGAAUUCGCGCUUGGUCGCAUGCGGUCGUGCAAGGAGUCAUACAUAUUGCAAAUGAUGACAAGGAAGAUGCCGUCAAGGAAAAGAUAUACUCGUUGAUAGACAAACUAUCCGCAAUCUUGAUACGGCUGAUCACGGACCCGGCGAAGGAUUCGGAGACUGAGGGCGGUUUACAACAACGGAGCCUAGAUCUAGAGUUUUUGGAGCCUUUGGUUCUCCUGGUCAAGAACCGUGGUGAAAAGGGUAUAACUGACUUUGUACCGGCGAAUAAGGUCGCAGGGCUUCGGUCCCGAUUCGAUUCCAUGCUUUUGGGUCAUAGAAAAUCUUCUUCGGAUCAGUCUUUAAUAUUUUAUGCCCGUGCCAUUUCGACAAUUGCGAGCGAUGAUGGGAGGCAGGCUACCGAUAUAGCGUUCCUACUCGCUCAUAAAGGCUUGUAUGAACCCUUCCGCUCCAGUUAUACGUCCACCAUCUCCAGACUAGAGCCCUUAGCCAUAUUUGAUCUCCUCAAAUAUGCCAGCGAUGCUGUUUUCCCAGCAUCUUCACAAAUACCGUCCUCCUUCUAUCUGAUUUUACAGGAUAUAUUGGGUAUUGCAGUCGCCAAAAAAUCCAGUGACGCACAACUUGACUCUCAAAUCUCGUUCAUUUUCUCUCAGUUGGCAUUAGCAGGUCCUGCUUGCGAUGAUUUUGAAAGUCUACGUGUCCUUCUAAAUACCACCAGUAUACUCAUUAAAGACAAGGGGCUCUCAAUCUCACAAUUAAAUAUAGAGGAAACUCUUGCAAGUAUUUCUAUCACGGUUUCAUCACACGGCCCGCAAUUCACUUGCACCAUGGCUAGCACGGACCAAAUCUUCAUUCCCACUUGUGGUAUUAUGGCAAGCAUUCUCAGCGGCCAAAGAUUUAGAAUCAAAAACCGACAUGGUCUUGUUACUGCCACUCUAGAAGCCCUCAUGAGUCUCCUCUUCAUUCCACGAGUUACGGGCAGGAAGAAGUCAGAUACCGAAAUCCACCCCCCUUGGCUAGCCAACGCCAAGAGCUGGACGGUAACCAAGGAAGCCGCAGUCUCAUACUGUCGACUACUAACGAUGCUUUGCGAUCCGUCUACUUCAAGCGUUAGGAUGAAUCGCAAAUCUGAUAAUCUUUCCUCAGCCACAGUGGCAGCAAGGAAAGCGGUAGAGCCGCAUGUCCCUGGGAUAUUGAAACGAUAUAUCAACUUGAAUCUUACACACCAUUUAACGCCAGAUGUCAGGGCAGCUUUGACGCCAGGCUUGUAUGCUAUGUUUGACGUUAUGCAAGAGUCUACCCUGAGAUCUUUGAAUAUGAGCCUGGACAAUCCAGGGAGGGUAGUAUUCAAGGCUUUGUACGAGGAUUGGAAUAAGUUUGGAAAGUGGGUUGAUUAG